AUGAAGACGUUAAGGCACAGGCAGCAAGUUGUGUUCAGCUUCCUGUUAGGGUUGUGGUUUCCUCAUUGUUUAGCCCAAACUACAGCAGCAAACAGAGCCAACUUUACACCUACCCCAUCGUCAUCCCCUCAGACUGAAAAGCUUAAAGUCAGACUAUCUGGAUACCCCCGAAAACAUAACGAGGGACGGAUAGAACUGUUCUACAAAGGAGAGUGGGGAACAAUCUGUGAUGAUGACUUCUCAAUAGCCAACGCCAACGUGCUCUGUCACCAGUUGGGUUUUGUCUCGGCCACAGGAUGGACCCACAGUGCCAAAUAUGGCAAAGGCCAAGGGAAGAUCUGGCUGGACAACGUGUUGUGCAAUGGAGGUGAGAAGAGCAUUGAAUUCUGCAAGUCUCGUGGCUGGGGCAACAGUGACUGCACUCAUGAUGAAGAUGCUGGAGUUGUUUGCAGAGAUGAGAGGAUUCCUGGCUUUGUGGAUCCAAAUGUUAUUGAUGCACAAGUCGAUGAGAAGAGAGUGGAGGAGGUGCGACUCCGUCCUGUUGUUGUUGCAGCGAAAAAGAAGAUGCCCAUUACAGAGGGUGUGGUGGAAGUGAAGCACAAAGAUGGCUGGGCUCAGAUCUGUGACUUGGGAUGGACAAUCAAAAACACCCGUGUGAUUUGCGGCAUGUUGGGAUUCCCACAUGAAAGGAAGGUCAACAAAAACUUUUACAAGCUAUAUUUGGAGCGUCAGAAGAACAGCUUCUUCAUUCACUCUGUGGCAUGUACAGGUACUGAGGUCCACCUGGCAGCUUGCCCCAUGGAGUUCAGAAAGCCAAAUGCCACAUCGACCUGCACAGGCGGCAUGCCGGCUGUCGUCAACUGCAUGCCGGGCCCACAGUUCAUGCAGAACAGCAGCUUGAAAAAGAAAGUUAAAGUUUCGAACAAUGUGAGGCUGAAAGGAGGUGCGAGGCUGGGUGAAGGUCGGGUGGAGGUGCUUAAAGACAGCAAGUGGGGGACAGUGUGUGAUGACCGCUGGAACCUGUUGUCAGCCAGCGUUGUUUGCAGGGAGCUUGGCUUCGGCAGUGCAAAGGAAGCUCUCACUGGUGCACGAAUGGGUCAAGCGCCUCGAUCUCCACCGCAGCCCAGCGGCCUCCGGACGUCCGACUCCAGGAAAUCAGACACCGCAGCCCCAGACUCUCCCAGGAUCCACGGCGGUAACUCGGCUCCGAGCAGGAACGCGGAUCCAACGGCGACAGUCUCCCACACCGCCGCACUUCCUCACAACAGCAGCAGCCCCAGACUCGACAGCCGAAAGCCGACACAGCACCCAGGUCCACCAGGCUCUCGAAGGCAGGCCGUCAACCAGCAGCCACCGCCCACACACCCGACGCCAGAAGAUCGGCCUCACGGCUUCAACAGUCCUCAGAGCCAACGACACGACACCGCAUCACCCCCGAGCAACGAAAGCGUGUCGAUAAUCAGCUAUAUUAAUUUGGCCCAUUAG